ACGAUCUGCUCAGUAAUAAAUGAGAUGUCCAGCAGCACUUUGGCAGCAGCGGGCAGUUGGUGUGGAUUUUUAACAGAUUUAACACUGUGUGAGAGCACUGUUAACUUACACUCACAUGUUUAUCACUCUGUUUUUUAAUUGAAGUUAUUUGACCCCACCUGUAAGCACUUAUUUCUUACUUUGCUAACUAUGUAGCCGCGGGGCUCUGAUUUUAACGCUCGAAAGCUGGAAGAUAUAAAGUAACGUGUCGCAGAAAGUCACUGAAGAAGUCUCAUUCCAGGAGCAACGCUGGACUGACAGCUUGCUCUCAAACACACCACUUUAUGAAGCUCUGAAGAACUAUGGCAGAGAAGACUCCUCUCCUCCACUACCGCCUCUCCACCAGCGUCAAUGAAUCCGACCGGCGUGUACCUGUGGCCGGGCAGGCUCCGGAGCAGCAUCCGGGCACUCCCCGGCAGAAGUCCAGCCAGCAGCGACAGCCCAAGAAACUCUCCAUCUUCUUCGGGGUGGUGAUUCCCACCCUGCUGUCAAUGUUCAGCGUGGUGGUGUUUCUCAGAAUAGGAUUUCUAGUGGGCCAGUCCGGACUGUACCAAGCGAUUGCCAUGUUCCUGGUGGCUUACUUUAUCAUCUCGAUGACCGUGCUGUCCGUCUGCGCCAUCUCCACCAAUGGAGCCCUGGAUGCUGGAGGAGCGUACUAUAUGAUAAGCCGAGCGCUGGGCCCAGAGUUUGGCGGCAGUAUUGGCAUCAUGUUCUUCUUUGCUAACGUGUGUGGCUGCGCGCUCUAUGUGCUGGGUCUGGUUGAAGCCGUCAUGGCCACCUUUGGAAUACCAGAAGAUGGGACUAUUACUUCCCCCUACCAGGUCCUGCCGUCUGGCUACUGGUGGUCUCUGCUUUACGGCACAGCCAUCUCCCUGCUGUGCCUGCUGGUAUGUCUGAUUGGGGCCCACAUCUACGCGAAGGCCACCUUCCUCAUCUUCCUGGUUGUCAUGUUUGUCCUGGGCACCAUCUUUGUCAGCUUCUUUGCGGUACGACCUCGCACCGUCACCCUGCCCAUUUCUGCUGCCUUCAAUGGAACUGGCCCUGGGUUUCCCACCACAGCUAACUUUACAGGCUUCAAGGUGGACACGCUGCUCGGGAACCUGUAUGCUGACUACACGGUGGAUUACACCACUGGAAAUAUGAUGACCUUUGCUACUGUUUUCGCUGUAAUGUUUAAUGGCUGCACCGGCAUCAUGGCUGGAUCCAACAUGUCAGGUGAACUGACAAACCCCAGCUACUCCAUCCCCCGUGGCACCAUCACAGCCGUCAUCUUCACCUUCAUCAUCUAUAACCUGCUCAGUGUACUCGUUGCCUGCUCCUGUGACCGCAUCCUGCUUCAGAGGGAUUACAGCUUCCUGAGAGAUAUCAACAUCUGGAACCCCUUCGUCACUGUCGGGGUUUAUUCUUCCACUCUCUCUGCUGCCAUGAGCAACCUCAUCGGAGGCUCACGCAUCCUCUACGCUCUAGCCAAAGACGACCUGUUUGGUAAGGUGCUCUCUCCAGCUAAGAAGACAUCCCACAGUGGUAACCCCUGGAUGUCCGUGAUCAUCUCCUGGUUCCUUGUGCAGCUGGUUCUGUUCUCAGGGAAACUCAACACUAUCGCCAGCAUUGUGACCAUCUUCUUCCUGUUGGUGUACGCGGCUGUGGAUCUGGCCUGCCUGGCUCUGGAAUGGGCGUCUGCACCGAAUUUCAGGCCCACCUUCCGUUACUUCACCUGGCACACCUGCGUGUUGGGCAUCGUGGGCUGCGCUGUCAUGAUGUUCCUGAUCAACGCCAUCUACGCCUCAGCCAGCAUCGCCUUCAUGCUGCUGCUGCUUCUCGUGAUUCACUACCUCAGUCCCACCUCCAGCUGGGGCUACAUCAGCCAGGCUCUCAUUUUCCACCAGGUGCGUAAGUACCUGCUGAUGCUGGACGUGAGGAAGGACCAUGUGAAGUUCUGGCGGCCUCAGGUCCUGCUGAUGGUUUCCAACCCUCGCAGCAGCGUGGGCCUCAUCACCUUCAUCAACGACAUCAAGAAGAGCGGCCUCUAUGUGCUGGGACACGUCCAGCUAGGAGAUCUCAACACUUUACCUUCAGACCCUCUGCAGUCCCAGUACGACUCCUGGUUGUCUCUGGUGGACCAUCUCAACAUCAAAGCUUUUGUCAACCUGACGUUGGCCGACUCGGUGCGUCAUGGAGUCCAACAUCUCCUCUUCAUCUCUGGGCUGGGUGGGAUGCGUCCUAACACCCUCGUCCUGGGUUUCUAUGAUGACUGUCUGCCUAAAGACAAGCUGAUCGAUCCAACGAUUACUAGUAAUAAUUGCCCAAACUCUUUGGACAGCAUACAUGACCAUGAGCAGGAGCCCCCUCUUUUCCACUUCACCUCCCUGCGGGGGUCCAGGGACAGGCAGGACUAUGGUGACUUUGGGGAUGGAAAGGCUCUCGGAUCCCAGGAGUACGUGUCCAUCAUUGCUGACGCCAUGAAGAUGCUGAAGAACGUGGUGCUUGCCCGGUACUUCAACAACUUUGACCGAGCCCAGGCCCUGUCUCCACCCUCCCCCUCUCAGAAGAGAGUGUACGUUGACGUCUGGCCGGUCAACCUCCUGCGUCCUGACAGCUGCAGCUACGUCGACACGUGCUCGCUGUUCCUGCUGCAGCUCGCGUGCAUCCUCAACAUGGUGAGAGCCUGGCGCAAAGCUCGCCUACGUCUCUUCCUGUGCGUGGAAGAAGGACGAAGCGUUAGAGGCUCUGAGGCGAAGCUGGGUCAGCUUUUAAAAGAUCUGAGAAUCAAAGCCCAGGUGUACCCCGUGCCCUGGGACCACCAGGUGGCGCUACACUGGCAGCGACAAGGCGAGUGGGGUAAGAAACCCCAAUCUCCUGAUGGAAACAAAGAACAGAACAAGCUGGGAUCAGUUAAGGAAGAGGAGAACGAGGAGGAGUACGUAAACAGCUUCCCCAGCAACGCCACUCGCCUGUCAGACGAUUAUCUGUCGGCCGUCAACAAGCUGAUAAGAGACUCAGCUAAGCCCGCCCCCGCUGUGCGCUUCCUCUACUUGCCCCGCCCCCCAGCUGACACCCGCCGCUACAACACUUACUUACACCAGCUGGAGCUGCUGACUCAGGACCUGGGCCCCACACUGCUCAUCCACGGCGUCACGCCGGUCAUCACCACCGACCUUUGAACUGUCCCUUCUCAUAGAAGCUCUUCGGGUUUAGCCACUUCCUCCUCAGCCGCUCAGAUUCCUCUGAAGUGUGUCGAUUAUUAUUUACGGUGCAAUCUCAGCGGGUUUUAGUAUCUCCACUCAAGACCAGACUGAGGAGCAGAAACAGUCUUUUAAAUCUGAUCUAAAGUUAGACCUCCUUGCUGACUGAAUGAUACCGUCUGCACUGCCUGAAACAAAAUAGUGUUUAGAGAAACUGCCUGUUUUUAGAUAUUUAAAAUGAAGACCUGAUAUUUUAAUGAACUCUACAAAGAUUUAAAAACUUGACACUUUUAUCCUUUCUUCUUCUUCUUCUUGUUUUCUCUUCUGGUUCCUGAAUCAAAUUGUUUACAUUUAGGUCAAUCCUUUGUAAGCGUAAAACAAUCAGAUCGUGACUGAGUGCACCAAAGUAGAGUUAACCCUCUCAGAUGAAUGCUAAUAUACCGAGCAGGCCAGUUAAAAUCACCUAAUAUAAUUUAAAUGUUUGUUUUUCAUUUUAACAAUUUGCACCCCAUUGUGGACACUCCUCACUCGCUUACAGGCCCAGUUUUGAAGUUCUGCCUUUGACUCCUGUUGUUCCUCUCUCACAGUCCUCUGUGUAAUUUCUGCAGCUUAUGUUCCUUUAAAUGAUCAUUCCAUAUGCAUUCAGAUCAAAAAGUGCCUCAGCGAGCCAAAGAGCUGAAGUUUGGACUCAUUCCACCUCAGACAGAAAGUUGGACUGCGUUACACCUCGGAGCAGGAAAUCUGCUUUUCUAUUUCAGCAGCUUCUAACAGGAAACGGUUUGAUAGUUAUAGGUACUAUAGAAGUUUGAUUCCAGCGAUUAUUUCAUGUGAUGUCUCAGGAAGACACUCCUGUUCCUCUUCCUAAUGUACUGUCCUCCUCCCUCUGUUGAUCUGCCUUCUUGAAACAUGUUUACAGCACCAGUAACUCCAGCAAUCACCCAUAAUAAUCUUUUUAAUGUGUUUUAGAUAUUCUGUAACUUUUAAGACUGUAUUACUCCAAACUGACCAAAGUGCUCGACAAAGUGCCUUAAUGAACUUCAAUAUUUCAUCCCUUUAAAAGUAUUUGUAGCAUUUAAAGUGAACCUGUGUAGUUUUUGCUGAACUUUGACCUCAAGAGGCGUUUGUAAGAUAAUAAUGAAUACUUAAACAUGGCAUUUACACCAGGGCUGCCCCAGGGUUACGAUUCCCUCAGCUGUACUUAAUCAUACGUCAGCUAAUGUUCAUAAGAACGUCAGCUGCUAUAACAGAUCGGUCCAGCCCUGUGCAAAUGUUUCCCACUGGGACACACAUCACACUUCUUCAACAGGAAGAAUCAGUGUAAAUCAAUACGAUUAAGUAGUUUGAAAACACACAAAAAGCAGCGACUAAUUCAACUCGUCAUUUAAAGAGAAAGAAUAUUUCACUCUUUCUAGCAGAAGCUGCACAGGCUCACUUGAGGAAUGACUGUUUCUUCUAAUUCUGUGGCCCAUAGUGUCUUAAAACCUAGAAAUACGGGUGCAUUUUAUUUAAAGAUCAGUGUCAGUGCCUAGGUUUAUUAUUAAAACUGAUGUAAAGAGUUGAAAAUAUAUAUUUGUAGUCUCUAAAGUUUGAAGAUGAAUAGUUUCUUUGAGUUUGAUAGAUUCAUCCUGACAGUCUUAAUCACAUCUUUGGAGUUCAGGUCCGUUUGGAAGGACAGCCGGUGCUAGGAUCUGGACUUCUUUUGAUAUCCCUCUGUCUGAAUGAGAUUGAUGUUUACUUGUGCCCUGAUUGGAUCCUUCAUUUCCGUGAACGGGUUCCUCUUUUGGACACUGCACUCCUUUACAAAGCAUUGACACUACAUUUCAUCAAACGGUCUUCAUGGAUUUCUGAUGUUGAAAUUUCAGGGGGUGAAAACAGUUCUGCAGGAAGAGAUGAAAUGUUCAGAGUUUGAUUUCCUGUUGAAAUCUGAAAACAAUGUAUGUGUACUCUACGAGAUGUAAACUGAAAUGACUGAGAAAAGAAA